UUUUUAUUUUGGUACAAAUGAAUUUAUAUGAAUCUCGGUUUAAUAGGUUUCGGCAUAUUUUACAUCGGCUCAGUGGCCCUAUAUUGGAUUGUUUGAUGAGCGAAUGUUUUUUUUGUGUUCGUGUGUUUGUGUUCAGAUGGGGCUGAGCUUAACGGUUAACAAUUUUUUAAAAUUGUUUCCGAAUUUUUGUUUAUCUUCUCUGACCUCAAUUGUUUAUCUUCUCUGACCGGUUUUCAGGGAUCUGGUCAACCAUUAGUUGUACCCUGUUCUAUUCUAUUCAAAUUAAUUUGUACUUGGCGGAGAGUCACGAUAUUUGAGUUCAAAAUUCAACUUGACAUGACUUUCAUAGUCAGCCUGUGUUUAUUUAUUCAUUAAACAAUUGUACACCUUUGUGAUUAUUUGCUGUUUAUGUUUAUUAUAUCUUAUAACCAAGAUGUUCAAUCAAGCUUUUUUUCUGAAUAUUUCGCUUAUGACAGUUUUGAGUGCAAGUUGUAGUCAUUUUUCGUCGCUGCAUAUUUCUGCUCACAAUAGAACUCUUAUCGAUGACACCAGCCUGUAUGUAAUAAACAAAUUAUUCCCGGUAAAUUUGCAUUCAGCUUUAUUUCAGAGUCCAAAUACUACUGGCGCUCAGUGUAGUAAUGGUUUGGACAUCAUAUUGGGCAAUUCUUUCCAAGAUACUUUCAAAUUUUGGGACUCAUUCGCAGUGCCGUGGACUGGUAUAGCGGAGGGCCAUUUUCUCUUCCUCGGUCAGCCUGAAGAAUGCGUGAACGCCAAGUCUGGACUGUUUCCAGUGAAAGCUAAGAGUUUUCCGAAUACGAAACCGUUUCUGCUCGGCAUUGCUUUCUCAAACCAGUUCAAAAUUCAGACUGCAGUAUGCAUGCCAAGCUCAUGCUCCAACGAUGACGUUGCUGAAAUAUUUGAACCUCUGUUUGAAGAUCUCAAUUUGGAGAGUGACAUCCUGGUUACCAGUCGGUCUAACUUUAAACCAGAUGGUGCAUUUUACAUUGCGGGAUUCAUCUAUGGGAUGCUGAUUUGUCUGGUCUUUACUGGGACAUCUCUGGCUGCAUACAGGCAUCUAUCAGAAAGGUAUGCGGAAGCAAGGUCAGAUCUCAUACCACUCUGCGAAGAUAUUCCCGAUGAAGUGGAAGUGGCAAGUCGGGUGAAAUCUGCUAAUUCGGGAACAAUUGAUAAAAGUCUUUUCUCGAGAGGCAGUCGAAUUGUGUCAUUACUGCUAUGCUUUGACUUCCAAGCCAAUUUCAGCAAGCUUAUCACCCCGCCGAGACAAGAUGUUUCCCAUCUCUCAGUCUUGAACGGGAUCCGAACCAUGACGCUCGGCUGGGUAGUUUUGGCUCAUACUAUGCUACACGAAGGUACAAGUGGCGUGCAGGACAAUCCAUUCUACGUUGUAUCGAUCAGUGACAACUUUCUUAUACAGGGUAUGUUUAAUGCCAGUUUGUCUGUGGACUCUUUCUUCCUCAUGAGUGGAAUGUUGGUCAUGAUGGGAUCCCUGAAAGCUCUGGAGAAACAAAAGAAUGGGGCGAAGUUUUGGAUCAUGUACUACGUGCACAGAGUCAUCCGACUGUGGCCGGCGUUAUUGCUGGCUUUGCUGUUCCUUGUUGGCUUGUACCCGUUGUUGCCACAGCUGUUUUACUCGCCACUGUUCGAGACGGAGAGCUUCAGAUCUCUUUCGUAUCAGUGCAGAGGAUCAUAUUGGGUGACUGUGGCGCUGUUCGUGAACAAUUUUGACAACAAUAAUGAUCCGAAUCGAAAACCUUGCAUGACUUGGACUUGGUACCUGGCAGAUGACAUGCAGUUCUACUGUAUCAGUCCCAUCUUCAUCAUCCUGUCGAAGUUCAACAAGAAGAUGGGAGCACUGCUCAUUUCAGGCUGUAUACUUAUAAGCACCUUCACCACUCUUGGAGUCAGCGCUCAUCAUCACAUUGGACCAAUUGGAAACCCUCUCGCGAAUCCAGCCACGAUUGAAAGCAGCCAGGUGUGGACCGAUCGUAUCUAUGAAUGGCCUUUUUUUCAUUUUCAAGUCUAUGGCAUCGGGCUUCUGCUUGGCCUUGUCUUCAGCGAACAAGACAUAAUUCGCCAGAAACUCAACUCACUUCGGCUUAAAACUCGCCUUGCGACAAUAUCAGGUUUAUGGUUCUACGCUAUCAUAGCCGCCGGAGUCGCUGUGUAUGGUGUGUACCCGUCCAUGAAUGGUCAUUUAAUGGGCAAUGGAGCUGCAGCUAUGUACAAUGCGACUUUCAGGAUCCUGUGGUCCACAGCGCUCGGAAUCAUGAUUACACUUUGCGCAUGGGGGUAUGGCGGCGUGUUAAAUCGUGCACUGUCGGCGAAUUUCUGGGUUCCGUUUGCGCGCAUUGGUUACACGGCGUACAUAAUUCACGUCGUCAUAAUCUGGAUAUGGCUGAACAGCGCGGAGACUUCGGUGCGAUUCAGCACUGUUUACAUUGCACUGCAGUUCACGGGAAUAGUGGUAUGUGUUUAUUGCUUGGCCAUUGUCGUGAGUUGUUUCAUAGAAGCACCUUUCAUACAGUUGGAAAAACUGGCGUUUUCAAGGUAACCUUGAUGUGCAGUUUUUUCAUUUCAUUGUUCUUGCGUCGCCCAUAUUAGAAAUGAAUUCUAUAUUCCCUGAUCUUCUUAAUGCGAAUUAUUCUUUAUUUGAAUUUAAUAUUUAAAUCUUA